CAAAAACAUAAAUCUGCCCCUAAAAAGUCUGACUUUAAUUAUUCUUAUUUGCAGCAUGAUCAAUUAGGAGAAUGUACUUUCUAUACGUGGAUGCCAAGACGUAGUUUCGCAUGCACAUCCAAAUUAACAGGUAACUACAGCGUCAUGUGCUUGUGCAGGAGUGUGCACAUCGGGCCACUCAGUGGCCAACUCGUUUACAUUUGGUAGUUGGCGACUAAUUAGCUAGAAGUCUUGAACAGACGUGCAUCACAACUGUACAUUGUUGUGACCGCAUCUUCCAGUCCACCCGCGUUUGUCUUCAGUUUGUGUCAUGCAAACAAUGCCAGAAUGCCAUACAGACAGACGCUAUAAUUUAUGCUACAGCCAGUGCUGCAAACAAGCUAGCACUACCGAAACCACCGUCCGAUAACAGUUUAACUACAAGCGGAAAGCGUUGGAAAUAUGUUGAGUUAGACCGCUUACAACGAAUUGGUAGCAAGUAUAGUUAAUAGCAAGCAAGUGCAACACUCAACGAAUUGUUUGAAACUCACGUUGGGUUACUCCACAUGACGCUCACUGGCACUGGGUCUGCUGACUUGAUGUUUCCAUGGAAAUAAGAUGACACUAACAAAUUAACCUAGCUAGCUAGUACUAGCUAACAAGGCAUCAACAUUCAACCAGUAAGCAUGGGUAAGAAAUCAUCUGACGAAGACAAAAUUACACUGGCUGAGGCGUAUACCAAUUUCCAGAUUGAAUUGAAAACAAAGGAAAUACAAGAGUUUCAGGAAGAAAUCAUACAGUUGGAAACAGAGAAACGCAGACUGACAGAGCUGAGAGAACAGCUGAAGGAGGAACAGACAGGUCAUAUUAGGUUGUUAAGGAAGCAGGCCAAGGAGCAGGAGACCAAGUUGAAACAGAGAGAGGCGGUCAAUAAGGAGCAGGUGGAGCAAGCCCUCCAGCAGAACCUGGAGAUGGUCCGCAACCAGGAGGGAGAACUGGCAGAGCUGCACAGUGAGCUGAAGCGCGUGGAGGAAAAGGUGCAGGUCUUGCUGGGCGAGAGGCAGGUCUGGCUGGAAUACAAGAAUGUGGGGAGCCAGGAGCACCUGCAGCAGAUCAGGCACCUGGAGGCAGAGCACGCUCACGUGCAGAGAGGCUUCCAGAACAUGGCAGACAAUAUCAAACGUUCUCUUGAAGUGACAUUCAAUGAAAUAGACAAGAAGACCGUUGAGCUGAUUGAGGAGAAGCAGCAUCUGGCUACAGAGAAAGCAAUCAAACACCUCGACAAGAAUAGCAGGCAGGAGGUCAGAGAGAGCGCGUGGCUGCAAAAAGAGCUUGCCAUUUACAAGAGAGAGGUGUCCAUAACCGAAGAGGCCGUCCAGAGUCUGGAAGCAGAAAACCUGGAGCACAUGAGCCAGUUGUUUGAUCAGCGCCUGCAUGACCUGCAGAUCUCCAGAAACAUCUUCCUCACUCAGGCCGCUGGACUGGGAGUUUAUGACUCAACGGACACAGGCAUGACAGAUUAUAGCAGCCCAACUAUUGGGCCGGAAGUCAGGGGGCGAGGCAGACGCCUGGAGGAGGAAGAACCAGAAGACAGCUGCGACGCCGCAGCCCCCCAGCCAGCAGACGACCCCCCUCGGGACCUGGGUGUUCUUCUGUACGGGAGUCAGACGCACCUGCAGGAGGAAGCCAGGCACCUGGGCCCUCUGGAGCUGAAGCUGCUGAGUGUCGUUGGCCAGGCCAUGCCUCUGCACCCUCUCCCCUCCGAAGAGCCCUCCUCCUCGGGCUCGUACGCCCCAGGACUGCCCCUGGCGCCUGAGGAAUGGCCCCUCACAGCCAAGAUCAUUCACAACAGAUUCAAGUAGCCUGCCCAGGUAACCUACCAACUGUUAGUUACAGAUCGUGGAUUUAAAUAUAUUGUUAAAUAGGUUAUUACACAAUAAAAUGAAUACGUAGGCAUGAUGGCACAAGCUUGUACUUGUGACUAAACCCACAUCUGUGCAUAUGAAUCAGUCCAUUUUCAACAAACUCUCAGGACAAUAAUUGUGUGGAAGCUGCACUUUAUUGGAAAAUCAACCAAAGGCUGCAUACAUACAUAUAUAUAUAUAUAUUUAUAUAUAUAUA